GAAAAGUGACGCUAUCGAAGAAGGGGAGGGCGUUUCCAUUCGCCGCAAUCUCGGCUCCGGACUUUUCAAGCAGCGGGUUUCUUUAUGGCACAUUAACUUCAAGAGCUCACUUUGGAAACGUCUCGACUCGUCCUUCCUGGAUUUACAGCUGGCGCAUGCUGGUGUUCGCGUUUUCAGCUGUCCUUUCCCAGAGAGGGUUGUAGACUACUCCAGAAACGGAACCCAACGCACCACGACGGCAUGUCCGGAGUCAGUGGAGAGACGCAUCACAACGAGGAGUUAUUCCGAUUUGUCUAAGAUGUUGGACGGUAUUAAAAUAGAAGAUAAUCUCAGGUCGGGACCGACUACAAUGGGAGCUAUGCUUGGGACGGAGUGUCGUCACCAGGCGGUUUGCGAGGGAUGCCAGCGGCCCAUAUCCGACAGAUUUCUGAUGCGAGUCAACGAAUCUUCGUGGCACGAGGAGUGUUUGCAGUGUGCGGCGUGUCAACAACUGCUCACCACCAGCUGCUACUUCCGAGACAGGAAACUGUACUGCAAACCUGACUACCAACAGCUGUUCGCCACCAAGUGCAGCGGCUGCAUGGAGACGAUCGCGGCGACGGAGCUGGUGAUGCGGGCGCUGGGCUGCGUGUACCACCUGGGCUGCUUCUGCUGCUGCGUGUGCGAGCGGCAGCUGAGGAAGGGCGACGAGUUCGUGCUGAAGGAGGGCCAGCUGCUCUGCAAGGGCGACUACGAGAAGGAGAAGGACCUGCUCAGCUCCGUCAGCCCCGAGAACUCCGACUCCGAGAAAAGCGAAGACGAGGAGCUGGACGUGAAGCGGGAGAAGGGUCAGAGGCAGGGAACGGGGACGGAGGCGCGAGAAACGGCGCACCUCGCAGACAGGCGUCCCAGUGCCCCCUCCCCCCUGGUUGAACCUGGUUGCUUUGGUUUCCUGUCUCAGGUGAGAGAGACGCUGGCGGCAGAGACCGGGCUCAGCGUUCGGGUGGUGCAGGUGUGGUUCCAGAACCAGAGGGCCAAGAUGAAGAAGUUGGCACGGAGACAACAGCAGCAGCAAGAGCAACAGAACACACAGCGGCUCGGACAAGAGGUGAUAUCCAAUAGGAUGGAGGGGAUGAUGAACUCCUACACCUCACUGGGGCCUCCCCAGCAACUGGUUGCCAUGGAGCAGAAUGGCUACAGCACCGACCCCUUCCAACAAGGCCUCACCCCCCCACAGAUGCCUGGAGACCACAUGAACCCGUACGGAAGUGACCCAAUUUUCCAUGACAUCGACAGCGACACGUCACUGACCAGCCUCAGCGACUGCUUCAUGACGUCAUCCGAAGUGGGCUCCCUGCAAGCACGGGUGGGAAACCCCAUCGACCGCCUCUACUCCAUGCAGAGUUCUUACUUCGCCUCCUGAAAACUGCUCCUAGCAGCUGCGCAGUCAUACCCGAAGGCCAACACGGACAGCUGUGCAGUCAAUCCUCAAAGCCAACACGGGCAGCUGCGCAGUCAAUCCUAAAAGCCAACACGGACAGCUGCGCAGUCGUUCCUGAAAACAAACACAGUCGGCUACGCAGUCAUUCCGGAAACGCGAUCCUGACGCCUGCGCAGCCGGGCCUGAAAACUGACCCCGCUAGCUACGCAGUCAGUCUCGAAAACCAGCGCAGUUAACCGAAGACGUGUUAUGCCGCAACAAAAGAAACAUUUGGGGAGAGAUGAAAGUUUUCGGACUAAAUCUCGAAAUGCCAACGAUAACCUCUGCCACUGCCUUCCAGCUGAACGCUGAGGCAAGCAAACAGCCUGAAGAUGAACCGAGUCACUUUUCUCUGUGGUGUGGGAACGCCAGCACACAGAACACUGAGUGCUUUUUUAUAGGUGUUAUGAUGCUGAGUAGUUUUCAUGACUUUCUGUAAAGCAUAACUCCCUCCCGUUCUCACUGACGUAAAGCAAACUGUACACAUGCGUCUCAUUUAGGUCACGGAUGUCAGCCAGCUGAGAUAUGACUGCUGAAGAUGAGGGUGCAGUUUGAGAGAACUUCAUGUCCCAUAAUGCAUGAGUCCAUCAUUAUGUACCUUGUGAUUAUAGCAGUGGGGGAGGGGGAAGGGGAAGGGAGGGAUCUUCCAAGAAAAAAAAAACUUGAUGUUCAAAUGUACAAAUGUGGUGUUUUGGAAUUAGAAUUCACAUUAUUUCAUACUCUGUUCAGCGUAAACCUUUAAUUUAAUUUUAGUCCAUUUAGUUGUAGCCCUCCUGGUCUAUGUGAAGAUUCUGAGGUGGAAAUAGAGAAUGAGAAAAAGACUUUGCUCAGAAAGACAUGUUGUUUCUGUUAAGUGUAUAUAAGUGGAAACAUGUCCAAAGAUAAGCAGUUGUGCAUGUCAAAAUGGACAACAUCCUAUUUAUUUAAAUACAGUUCGAUGUGCCCCCAACGGUACUUACAAAACACAUAAGCUUUAUUUAAAAAAGAAAAAGAAAUAAAAAUCCCAAUGUAAAAUAGUACAGUAAGCAUAUUUUAUUUCACCUCUUUGCCAUUUAAUUUUGAAAUUUAAGCUCGUAUUUUUUGGCUAUUGUUUAAACGUAGGCUGGUAAUCGGCGACACUGUGCUAUUUAUUUGUUACAAGCUCACUGCGACCUUGUUAAUGAAGCAUUUUUAAUGCGGACAUUUGCUAAUUUACCAAAGUUUGUUGGUACUACAAAUAAACUCUGAGAAAAUUC